AUGUCUCCUCGUAUGGUGACGAAACGUUUGCAAGCCAAUUGCCAAGCUCGGCGAACAGAUCAACAGCCACCUGAUCAACAACCAAUAAAUGCGAUGGCCACAUUCGAUUGCACAGGACUUGGUUCGACGGCCUCGGGAACAGAAGUUUGCACAUUGCUAGUGGGAACUGGGGUUGUACUCGGAUGCACAGGUGGAUGCACAUUUGGUGUGAGAGUCCCACCAGAGACAACAGCAUCCGGCUGUAAACUGGUGGGCAUAUUAGAUGUACUCGUCGGUACCGGUGCAACUUUCGGACCAACGUUUGCUGGAUUGCUGGUUACCGGGUGCCCAGCUGUGGCGUUCCUGUAG